GAAUAAUCGCCUAGUGAGCUAUCCCUGGGAUUAGUGGGGCUUGGGAAACCGUUUGGAUGGGCGCUCCGUAUCGCCAACGCCACUGGAUCUUAUUUAUCACCUGGGUUACAAUGUACUUCCCCUGAGCAACAAGGACAUGACAUCAGCGUGACAAUGAGAACCUGCUGACAACCGCUCCCUCUCACCUCAAGCCAGAAGACCUUCCUUGGUAGAACCAAGGUCCUUCUGAGACAGGAGACUCUCCGUUACCAUUUUUUCCCCCGUGAUUGUUCCCUCUGAGCCUUCAAAACUGUUUCUCCAAAGGGUUUUGCAGAAACUUAGACUGUUUUCUAAAGCAGAAGCACCUCAGUCCUCAACUGAAGUGAUGGGCAGCGUGCGAAGCAACCGCUACAGCGUUGUGUCUUCAGAAGAGAACGGGAUGAAGCUGGCGACCAUGGCAGUUGCCAACGGGUAUGGGAAUGGAAAGAGCAAAAUCCAUACCCGGCAACAGUGCCGAAGCCGCUUCGUCAAGAAAGACGGCCACUGCAACGUCCAGUUCAUCAACGUGAGCGAGAAGGGGCAGCGCUACCUAUCCGAUAUCUUUACCACGUGCGUGGACAUUCGUUGGCGGUGGAUGCUGGUCAUCUUCUGCCUGGCUUUCAUACUGUCUUGGCUUUUCUUCGGCUGUGUCUUCUGGCUGAUAGCUCUUCUUCACAAUGACUUGGGGGCACCGGAAAACCAUAGAUCUUGCGUGACAGAGGUCAAGAGUUUCACAGCAGCCUUCCUCUUCUCCAUCGAGACCCAAACGACCAUUGGCUAUGGAUUCCGAUGCGUAACGGAUGAGUGUCCCAUGGCGGUGUUCAUGGUGGUCUUCCAGUCAAUCGUUGGCUGCAUCAUCGACGCCUUCAUCAUCGGUGCUGUCAUGGCUAAAAUGGCCAAACCUAAAAAGAGGAACGAGACUUUGGUUUUCAGUGACACCGCCGUCAUAGCCAUGAGAGACGGCAAACUCUGCUUGAUGUGGAGAGUGGGCAACCUCCGAAAGAGUCACCUCGUAGAGGCUCACGUCCGAGCCCAACUCCUUAAGUCCCGCAUCACGUCCGAAGGGGAGUACAUCCCCUUAGAUCAAAUAGACAUUAACGUUGGCUUUGACAGCGGCAUAGACCGGAUAUUCUUAGUUUCUCCCAUCACCAUUGUCCAUGAGAUUGACGAAGACAGUCCGUUGUAUGAUCUUAGUAAACAAGACUUGGACAAUUCUGACUUUGAAAUAGUGGUCAUAUUGGAAGGUAUGGUGGAAGCUACGGCCAUGACCACUCAGUGUCGGAGCUCCUACCUUGCUAAUGAAAUCUACUGGGGUCACCGCUACGAACCUGUCCUUUUCGAAGAAAAACAUUACUACAAGGUGGACUAUUCCCGCUUCCACAAAACCUACGAAGUGCCCAAUACCCCGGUUUGCAGUGCCAGGGACUUAGCGGAAAAGAAAUAUAUACUUUCCAACCCAAAUACUUUUUGCUACGAGAACGAAGUAUCGCUCACGAGCAAAGAGGAGGAAGGCAGUGACAUGGGUCUACCGGAUAGCAUGAGCACGGACAUGCAUCCAGAUAUAGACCACCACAACCAAGUUUCCCUCGACCCUAGGCCGCUAAGGAGAGAAUCUGAGAUAUGACUAAAAAAACUGCUAGCUUCAGCUGGUCAACUUAGCUGGUCAACGUGCAUGGCUGAGCAGCGGUCCCCACUGCCGUUUUCAGACGUCGGUACUGUUGGACAGAGGUGAUACGGAGACGGUGCUCGAUGCUGUCAAGCAAACUGUUGCAAAUGUUGGGAGAGGUGUAGGCCGUGGUGAUCUAAACUGGAACUUGCAUACUGGUGUUCCAUGUUACUGGGCACACCCUCACAAUGGGACGCUAGAGAAAUCCCAUAAACCUCUUGUAGGACCAUCUCUUGAAGGCCCCCCUCCCCCUUUGCUCCACCAGUUGUUCCUGGUGAUACCUAGAACGUUAAAAAAAAAAAAAAGGACAGGCAGCUGGGAUAUAGAGACAAAGCACUAAAGU